CCGCACCAGACCAGGCAGAGGCAGGACCUCCCCUCUUCUCCGUCCGAUUUCCCAGCUCACCUCCGGCGCCAUGGCUGUGGCCUCUGCCGCCGCCACCACCGCGGCCGCCAGUGCCUCACAGAGCCGCAUCCCAACGUCGCGAGGACUGGGGGGAAGCUUCCGGGCGCGCCGUCGGCCCGGCAUCCGGGGUGGACGGUCGCCGCUGCCCCGGCCGGACCUCAGCGCCAGCUGCGCCACGGCGACUACCCGCCCUCGCCCUCGCCAGUGCCCGCCCUCAGCGUCAUCUCUCACGGCGGGUGGUCGCCGCGCCACAUCAGGAGGUCGCUUCUGAUUCUGAAUCGAGUUUUUGUCUCCUCCGUUGAGACACAAAGCGCAUGCCUCCGAUUUCGUGCGGAGACAGGUUCAAAUCACCGCCGGCGGCGAACUGGUACCGGAGGGGACAUGCUGCGCCGACGACGAGUUCUGCUGCCCGCUAGCGCUGGGGGAUUCACGGCGCACGGUCGACUGAAGCUUCUGAACAAAGUCCACAACGGACUGAGCAAGAGAACGACUUGCUUAGCUGGUAUACCAAUUCCACCUCUCUACCACCACCUUAUGUGACUAACAAGUUGCAGGAUUGAGUUAUGAAAUUUUGCAAUAUAUAGCAGAUUCACAUAGUGUCAGAGAACAACCCGCUCUUUAUCCAUCCAGGCUUCUGGUGACUGGUGGUGUGUAGCGCACGUUCACAUCAGCAACUUUUCUUUGUGGUCAGAUCCAAAAUAGCGCAAUUCUGCGCCUAUUGGCAUCCAUGGUCCAUGUUUUGUCAUUAAUUUGAUGUCUAUGGCUACCCACCAAAGGAGUCUUGAACAAAAUGUUACUCGGUGAGUCAACACAGUGCCCUUGGCCAUAGGUGUAUAUAAAGGAGCACAAAAUAAGAGCUUGCUCUCAAGCCUACACCCUAGAACACAAAGAUAUAGUAGAAGCUUUUCUCUUUCAAAUGGGCCGCUUCUUGCCAUGGGGGUGCUUGCUCCUCGUCCUGUGCGUAGUCCACUCCAUGCUUCCGGGUUCUUCAGGCUGCUUAACAGAGGAAAGGGCGGCCCUCAUGGAUAUUAGCUCUUGGUUUACGAGCGCAAACUCCGAGGUUCCCAGUUCGUGGGGACACGGGGAUGACUGCUGCUCGUGGGAAAGGAUAACGUGUGACAACAGCACACGGCGAAUAUUGGGUCUCGACCUUUCCUAUCUCUACCAGGAAAUCCCUAUCCGUAAUAGUGAUGGUUCCAUGUCAGUCAAAGCUAUGGAAGUUGCAUGCUGGAACCUCAACUUGACAAUCUUUUCUUCGUUCCGGGAGCUUCAGCUGCUAGAUUUCUCGCAAAAUUUCGCUUGCUUACAAAAUUUCGACGGUCUACAAGGAUUGAGCAAGCUCAAGUAUCUCAACCUCAGUGACAACAGUUUCAUAGGGAAUAUCCCAGAAUCUGUCAGCAACCUGGUUUCUCUGGAGGUCAUAAAUCUCAAGAGAAAUAACAUGAGUGGGUCUCUUCAGAAUAUAGGUUUAAAAAAUCUCCAGAAUCUACGAGAAUUGCAUUUGGGAUCCAAUCGAUUGAAUGGUAGCCUCCCAGCAUCCUUAUUUGCCCUUCCAUGCCUUGAGUACUUGGAUCUUUCAGAAAACCUCUUUGAAGGACAUAUACCUAUAAGCUCAACUUGGAAUUGUUCCUCGUUGCUUCAAACUAUCCGGUUAUCUGGAAACAAGCUAAGUGGUAAAAUUGAUUUCUUCUGGCUAAGAUAUUGUACUGAGCUCAAAGAGAUAGAUCUGUCCAGGAACACUGAUUUGGUUGUUCUAGUGAAAAUGCAUGGUUGGGCACCUAAAUUUCAGUUGAGAACACUAAUGCUUUCUUCGUGUAACCUUGAUAAGAGCAUGAUUACAGAGCCACAUUUCCUACACACACAACAUCGUCUACAGUUUCUUGAUUUGUCCAACAAUAAUUUGCGGGGAAGCAUGCCCAAUUUUCUGUUCACAAAUGAAGCGAUACUAGUUUACCUGGAUCUUUCGAAUAACUCGUUAGUUGGAUCAUUAUACCCCAUUUGGCAAAACCAAACGGAUCUUCGAUUGCUGAACAUAGCUCUAAACCGUAUUGAAGGACAGCUGCUUGCCAAUAUAGGUUCAAUGUUUCCUGAGCUGAUGAUUCUGAAUGUUUCUCAUAAUAAUAUAUCUGGACUUGUGCCAUCUUCAUUGUGCAACAUUGGCAGCAUUGAACUUAUGGAUCUGUCAAAUAAUAAAUUUACAGGAGAGGUACCAUCUUGCUUGUUCACUGAUUGUUCUGCUUUGAUGAUAUUGAAGCUUUCAAACAAUAACCUCGGGGGUGUGAUACUUGAUGGGGCUAGUAACUUGUCAGUUGCGGCAGCAAUAUACCUAGACAACAACAAAUUUGAAGGGACUCUACCUAGAAAUCUGUCUGGUAAAUUCCAAAUCAUGGAUUUACAUGAUAACAAUAUGUCAGGAGCACUGGACAUUUCAUUAUGGAAUCUUCCUUCACUGGAAGCUUUGAGCCUAGCUAAAAAUAGUUUAACCGGUGACAUUCAUCCAGAAAUUUGCAAAUUAACAAGUCUUCAGCUGUUAGAUCUAUCGGACAACUAUUUUCUAGGGCUUAUACCACACUGCAGCAGUACAUUACCACUCGAGUUUCUGAGUAUAUCUGGGAAUUCACUGUCAGGCUCCCCGAAUGCAUUUUUCAACAGCUCCUUCAUUAGAGCUUUGGAUCUCAGCCGGAAUCAGUUCACAGGCAACCUUGAGUGGAUACAAUAUCUCUUUGGAAUCGAUCUACUGUUGUUAGGCAGAAAUAAGUUUGAGGGACAGAUCUCAUCAAAUCUGUGUCGUCUCCAAUACUUGAGCAUAAUUGACAUCUCUCAUAACAGACUCUCGGGUUCUGUACCACGGUGUAUUGGUGGCAUCCCAUUUGAAGACCAUGAACUUGAAGCUUAUACAUUUUUUUGGCCCACAACCUCUGGUUACUUCUUUGGAGGGGGGUUUGGUAUGUUCGAUGAUAUGGACUUCUCGUAUAGUAGUCAUUAUGACCUCCAAGGCUUCACAUUCACCACUAAAGGGAACCAAUACACAUACGGACAGAACUUCUUCAUGUCGAUGUCUGGCAUUGACUUAUCUGCAAACAUGCUGUCUGGAGAGAUUCCGAUGGAGAUGGGGAAUUGGAGCCAUAUCAAGUCUCUCAACUUGUCGAACAACUUCUUUACUGGCUCUAUCCCUGCAACCUUCGCAAACUUGAGCGAGAUUGAGAGCUUAGACCUAUCAGAAAACAGGCUGAGUGGAUCAGUGCCAUGGCAGUUAACUCGGCUGUCAUCCCUAGCGGUGUUUUCUGUGGCAUACAACAAUUUAUCGGGGUGUCUACCAGCCAGCGGUCAGUUCAGCACAUUCGGUAUGGACAGUUACAAAGGGAACAACAACCUUAGAUCAUGCACUUCAAGUUCAGGUCCCAUGGCAGCAAAUGGUGUUGCAGGAAGUGUGGCUGAUGAUUCUGACCCGAUCCUUUACGUGGUCAGUGCCGUUUCAUUCAUCUUGGCAUUUUGGGCCACUGUCGCAUUCGUAUUUUGCCAUGCACUUGGACGGCGUGUUGUACUCAAACUGUAAUAGGUAAAGAGACGGAGGGCUAGGUGAAUGGCGACGAUUUAUACACAACAUAAAUAUUUGUAAGCUGUGCCUUAAUAAUCUGCUCUCCUGUUCUGUUAUAAACUAUGCUAUCAUUUGUUGCUUUAUAGAAGCUUUGUCUCAGCAGAA